AUGUUUGGAAAGAAGAAGAAACGCCUCGAAAUCUCUGCACCUUCUAACUUUGAGCAUCGGGUUCAUACUGGAUUUGACCACCAUGAGCAGAAAUUUACAGGACUUCCUCAGCAAUGGCAGAGUUUGCUUGCAGAUACAGCAAAUAGACCAAAGCCUGUGGUUGAUCCAUCCUGUAUAACUCCUAUACAGUUAGCUCCUAUGAAGCUAUCACCGGUGAAUGUCCCGAACCAGAGGACACAGCUUAAAAAGACUAUAGUCAGAGGAAACAGAGCAUGGAAAGACACCUCUUUAAAUGGCCUAUUGGAGGAGUUCAAUGAUAUUUCUGUGACUCGCUCAAACUCUCUACGUAGGGAGAGUCCUCCUGCUCCACCACAGCAAAGUUCCAACCAUAGCCUGUGCAGUCCAGAAGAAAAUGGCUACGGCCAUUAUUAUCUCAGACAGUCACAUGAUAUUGAACCUUCAAAAGAUUUUACAACAGGGAAAUGCAAAGAACAGAGCAAUCAUGCAGAAGAAUGGGACAGACAUCACAGAUAUAUCAAAGCUGCUCAACAAAACGGCCAGGAUUCUAACAGAGUUCGGUCUGUAGAAUCAUAUUACUUAGAAGACAAUGUAUACAAGGCAGAUCUUGGUAGAUUGCCACCAGACUAUUAUGCAUAUUUGGUGUCAAAAAUUAGGUCAACAGACCACAUUGUGGCAAACAGGGACUCCCCAAGAGCUCAAAGCUCCCCACCAAUUCACAGGAGACACCUACAAAGUACACCUUCUAGAACUGCUCAAAGAGAAAUUCCCAGGGAAAAAUUGGAAUACAAAGAGAAAGACUGGGAUCCAGAACACCAAAGGGAAGAUUUGGACAAACGACCAAAGUCAUCUUAUGUCACACAGACAAGUCCUCAACCAACUAUGAGACAGAGAUCAAAAUCAGGAUCUGGACUGCAGGAACCAAGUGUGCCAUAUGCUGCCAGUGCAUUUAAGUCAACACAUCCCACUGGACAUGCAUAUAGUUCAUACACAUAUCCCAGGCUGUCGGAGUCGACGGCUGUAUCAUGCAUUCCGAAGGUGGAUUAUGAAAAACUACAAAGGGGCGUAAGUCCUCCGCUGACUUGGUCAGACACUUAUCCUCGAGGACCAUCAAAACUACCUCAGUGUCCAACCAACCCCAUCUACGCAACAUCCAGCCAUUAUUUUCCAUCAUCAUACUGCAAAACAUCUCAAUACCACAAUACGCCGCCGCCACCUCAGUCGAACUUUCAGUACGUUAACCAAGGUGCUUACCAGUAUCCAAGCUGGAGUUCGUCAACACAACAGCAACCCACACGUGUAUCCCAUGAGCAGUUCAGAGCUGCUCUGCAGCUUGUAGUUAACGCAGGUGAUCCACGGGAGUACUUGGAAAACUUCAUUAAGAUCGGCGAGGGCUCCACAGGCAUUGUCUGCAUCGUGACAGAGAAGCACACUGGAAAACAAGUGGCUGUGAAGAAAAUGGACCUAAGAAAACAGCAGAGGAGGGAACUGCUUUUCAAUGAGGUUGUCAUUAUGCGCGAUUACCAUCAUGAAAAUGUGGUGGACAUGUACAACAGUUACUUGGUUGGAGACGAAUUGUGGGUUGUUAUGGAGUUUCUGGAAGGUGGCGCCUUAACAGACAUUGUUACACAUACCAGGAUGAAUGAAGAACAAAUAGCAACAGUUUGCUUUUCUGUUUUGAAGGCUCUAGCAUACCUUCAUUCUCAGGGUGUUAUCCACAGGGAUAUAAAGAGUGAUUCUAUACUUCUUACCAGUGAUGGAAGGAUUAAACUGUCAGAUUUUGGAUUUUGUGCUCAAGUGUCAAAAGAAGUUCCCAGGAGGAAGUCACUGGUUGGAACACCAUACUGGAUGGCACCAGAAGUCAUCUCUAGAUUACCUUAUGGAACUGAAGUGGAUAUAUGGUCUCUUGGUGUCAUGGUAAUAGAAAUGGUAGAUGGAGAACCACCAUACUUUAAUGAACCGCCUCUUCAAGCCAUGAGGAGAAUACGAGACAAUCUUCCUCCAAGAUUGAAGGAUGUACACAAGGCAUCAUCUGUGCUACGAGGUUUCCUGGAUUUGAUGUUAGUGAGAGAUCCUUUACAAAGAGCGUCUGCGCAAGAAUUAUUAAAGCAUCCAUUCCUCAAGCUAUCCGGACCCCCAUCCUGUAUUGUACCUCUUAUGAGACAAUACAGAUAUCGAUGA